CACUGUGCCACCAUAUCGUCUACUCAACACCACCAACCCCUCGCGAAGAACCACAACGUCUGGCUGCUCCAAAUUGCCCUCCUAACCCCUUCAUUUCUGUCCACGACAUUAUAGUCGACUAUAUCAGCAGUCUUCGAAUAUAUACAUAUCCGACACGCCGCAUUAUAACACCAAUCAAUCAUGCCGGCAACACCCUCACCACCCUGCUUGCUGUCCCUCCCGCCCGAACUCCUCCUCCAGAUCCUGGCCUCUCUCCCGGUCCGCGCUCUGCUCUCCUUCUCACUUGCUUCGCGAUCAUCCCAUGCGCUCUCACUUUCCAGCCUCCACACGCUCUCCUUCGCAAUCCACACCUCCCGCGCCGCAAGCACAACCUCACGUCUCACAGCCUGGGACCUGCCCGCCAUAACAUCAACGCACUCAGCCUUUUCCCGCACACACAAAUCCCCUACGAAGGCCAAUCAACCCUCCGAAUCGCCCCUCGACCCUCACGCCAUCUCCACGAUCAUCCCCCGCCCACACCUGCACCGCCUCCCUACCCUCCUCAAAUUCCACCUCGUCCUGCAUUCCUCCAUCCUCACCCGCUACAGCAGCUCCCUCCGCACCCUCUCCCUCUCCCUCUGGACCCUCCCCGCCGCGCUCACCCCAGCUCUCCGCCGCCUCACAAACAUCCGCGUCCUGACCAUCCGCAUCGACGACACUGCAACCCUGCACUGCCCACGCCGCAGCAGCACCCGCGCCGACGAACGUAACGCAUGGACACAGCUCGCAGGCGCUUGGCCUCGGCUCACGGCACUACAGCUCGAAAACUGCGACUUGAGCGUGCGGCAGCUCGUCGGCGUGGUGGCUGCGGCGCCACAGCUCCGCGAGCUGUGGGUGCGCAGAUGUCAUAAGCUGAAUGCGGCGGGGUCGCUGUUUGGCGCGCUGGCAACAAGCGUGCCGCGGCUGGAGGUGCUGGGCCUGGAUUGUUGUGGUGGGGAGAUUGAUGAAAAGGUGCUGACGCCGGUGGGUGGGAUGAGGGGGUUGAGGUAUUUGGCGUUGUUGGGGAUGCAUGAACGGGUGCCGGGGAGUGUGGAGAGGGCGGCGGCAAAAGUGUGGCGAAUUGCGGAGGUGGUUCUGCCGAAGAGUGUGGGUGAGGAGGACUCGGAUGUUAUUGAGGUUGAUCCGGCGUAUAUGGCUGGUGGAGAGGGGGAUGUAGUGGAAAGUUUUGGCAGCACAGGACGUGUGUUUUGGAUACAUGAACGCUGGACUCAUUGAAUAAGUAAAGUGCAUGUGGCGAAGUUCGUUGUUGGAUUGAGAGCAGCACAUUCAGAAU